AUGGAGCUCGGGAGCGAUCUUGGGGCCCCGCCCGAGGCGGCUGGGGAAGAGGGAGAACCGGAGGUUAAAAAGCGGCGACUCCUGUGUGCGGAGUUUGCCUCUAUCGCGAGCUGCGACGCUUCGGUGGCUCAGUGCUACCUGACAGAGAACGACUGGGAGAUUGAAAGAGCGUUGAACUCCUACUUUGAGCCGCCUGUGGACGAGAGCGCCUUGGAAAGCUGCCUACAGGGCCCCUCGGAGCCCGAAACCUGUGUUGACCUAACUCAAGAAGAAACAACUGAUUCCACUAAUUCUAAAAUUAGCCCGCCUGAAAAUGUUCAGCAAGAAGAUGGUAGUAUGUUCUCUUUCAUUACCUGGAAUAUUGAUGGAUUGGAUCUCAACAAUCUGCCAGAGAGGGCUCGAGGGAUAUGUUCCUAUUUAGCUUUGUACAACCCAGAUGUGGUAUUUCUGCAAGAAGUUAUUCCUCCAUACUGUAGCUACCUAAGGAAGAGAGCAAGCAGUUAUGACAUUAUUACAGGUAAUGAAGAAGGAUAUUUCACAGCUAUAAUGUUGAAGAAAUCAAGAGUGAAACUAAAAAACCAAGAGAUUAUUCCUUUUCCAAGUACCAAAAUGAUGAGAAACCUUUUAUGCUUACAUGUGAGUGUGUCGGGAAAUGAACUUUACCUCAUGACUUCGCAUUUGGAGAGCACCAAAGGGCAUGCUAAAGAACGGAUCAAUCAGUUGAAAGUGGUUCUAAAGGAAAUGCAGGAGGCUCCAGAGUCCACUACGGUUAUAUUUGCAGGAGAUACAAACUUAAGGGAUCACGAAGUUACCAAAUUUGGUGGUUUACCUAACAACAUUUUGGAUGUAUGGGAGUUUUUGGGCAAACCCGAGCAUUGCCGAUAUACAUGGGAUACACAAAUGAACUCGAAUCUGGGAAUACACAGUUCUUGUAAACUUCGUUUUGAUCGAAUAUUCUUCAGAGCAGCAGCAGCAGAAGGGGGGAGCCACUUUAUUCCACGAAGUUUGGACCUACUUGGGCUGGAGAAACUGGACUGUGGCAGAUUUCCUAGUGACCACUGGGGUCUGCUGUGCAGUCUGGAUGUAAUAUUGUGAAAUGUCCUUGCAAGUGCAUGUUU